AUGCAUUACAAUAAUUUUGGAAACGGGAAUAACGAUGGACAGCCUAGGCUUCCCAAACCCACAUACUCAGGAACAUUAUCAGAUGAUUAUGACGAAUCAAAGGUUAAAAGGCAAAAGACGGAGCCUACUCUGAAUGUAGGUUUUUCUUCCAAUUUGUAUUCGAAUACUCCAUAUUACGAAAACUCCUGGAAUACCGAUUAUAAUUCUCAACUUCAUACUUUCACUCCCCAUAAUCAAUAUUACCACCCAUUACCGCAAUCGACCCAAUACGAAUUUCAAAAUUCUUCAAGUUAUACGCAAAAUGGAAUACAUCCAACGAACCACGAUACACGGUAUCCACAUCAUCCAGAGAUACCAAAGCAACCAUCACUAUAUUUUGAAGCCGCUCCUCCUCAAAACCGUAAUACUAACUAUCGUACGUCAAUUAGCUAUGAAGAUGUCACAAUACCAGUUGCAAAGAAAACGAAACUAGUCAAACAAGAAAAGAACAUGAAUGCUACAGGUACUAGUGAAAAAAAUUUAAAGCCUACAAGUCGGGUUCCAGCUUCACUUAAAUUCGAGGAAAACAUAAUAAAGAAAAAAAAUUUUCCAAGCUCUAAUGUCCAAGACAGCCUUGAUUCUGAACUGGAUGAAGACGAAGAUGAGCAGCGACAAGAAGGCGAAGGCGCAGGAAAGGUGGUUUUGGUUCCUGGGACUUCUAUUGCAUUAGUUACUGACGAUGAUAUUAAAAAGUGGAGGGAGGAAAGAAAGAAAAUGUGGCUAUUAAAAAUUUCUAACAACAAAACGAAACAUAUGCAAAGCAUGGGUAUAAAAGAAGACGAAUUGAAGGGUCAGCCGAGCAUUCUGAGAGAGUCUAGGAAAGAAAAACAAUUCAUUCAGAGUAUUCAAAAUCAAGUGCAGCGGGGAAAUCCGAAAACUGAUUUAAACAUUAAAUUGAUUCAGCGAGAGUUCGCGAAUGAAAACUCUCAAAUUUUGGAUUUCAUAAAGGAACUGGGGGAUGCCAAUUUGCUAGAGUAUGAGUUAACACAAGAAGAAAAGGACGUACUUUUUGGUACCCCUGAAGAUAAUACUAGAAACAACUAUAAACCAAACUACAGAAACAGGAAUGCUAAUUCAAAUAGAGGCAAUUUUUCUAGGAAUAGGUAA